CACUCCUUCCCCUUCCCUUCCCUUCCCUUCAGGGACCAGGCCAUCAGUUCUUCACGAGCUGGGAAGAGCUCGUGAGCCGUGCAUUGAAGGCAAUGGCCGCUGUUCGUAGAUGCUGCCUGCUGGCCGCGGUGCUGCUGUGGUCGGCGCUCGCUUCAGCGGCCACGGCCGCGCCGGCGCCUGUGGUGGCCGGGCCGGUGUCCAGGGUGGAGGACGCCACCAUGUUCCGGAUAUACUACGGUCAGAGCUUCAAGGUCAUCAAGAACUCCGGCGAUGGCAAGAGCUACCUUCUCAUGCAGAACACGUCCAAGAUGGCAUCCAAGACGAAGUACUGCACGGGGAGGAUUAAGUCGUUCGUCAUCCCCCUCGCCAGCUUCUCCGUCGACACCACGACCUCUCCAGUGUCAUUCUUUGAGCUGCUUGGAGUGCUAGAGAGCUUGAAAGGAAUAACAUCGAACCAAGUCGCUUCUCAGUGCGUGCUCCAGUCAUAUACAAGUGGAAAUGCCCAGCUUGUGAAUAGAACUGAUGUGCAGACACUCUCGCAGUUUACUGCGCAUUUCAUAAGCGAUACAGAUGAAGACAGAGGUUGCAACUUUGCAGCAUAUGUACCCUUAGAAGAGGGCACACCAUUGCAGAUGGCUGAGUGGAUCAAGUACCUGGGAACUUUCACAAACUCUGAAAACAGGGCUAAUGCUGUCUACGAUGCAGUAAAGACAAACUACCUGUGCUUAAGCAAAGUAGCUGCAAACCUUGGCACAAGAUUCAAGCCUGUAGUAGCGUGGAUUGAAUUCACACAGGGAAUGUGGACAUUUGUUAAAGAAAGUUACAUCUUACAGUAUGUCACAGAUGCAGGAGCAGAAAUUGUUGAUGCAACUAUUACGGAUAAGAGAUUUAAUAGUUCAGAUCCAGAGGAUAUGGAUAACUUCCAUGCUAUUCUGUGUACAGUGGACGUGGUCAUAGAUCAGACAUAUGCUUUGGAGCCUGCAGAGUACAAACUAUCCACCUUUUUGGAGAAUAUUAAUGUUAGCCACGACUCCUGUUACAGUUUUGUAUCAAAUCGCAGCAUAUGGAGAUUUGACAAAAGGAUAGGAGCUUCUGGGACACUUGAUUGGUCCGAUGGAGCUAUCUCACAGCCUCAGUUGGUUCUUGGAGAUCUCAUAGAAAUUUUCUUCCCAACGGGGAACUACAUAACAAUUUACUUCAGGAAUCUUGCAAAGGAUGAAGGGGUCACAGAGAUUGGUCCUGAAAUGUGCACUAGGAGCAUAUCCACACCCAUGGAUCCUAUAAUCCUGUCAUGUGAAUGAUGAACCCAGAUGAACACGAAGAGUUGUCAAGCUACUGUACUAACAGACAGUGGCAACUAGUUGACAGAAGCAUUUAAGUUACUGACAAACUGAUCUGGACAGAAGCAUUUGCAACAAAGAUUAGAUUACACAAUCUAGAAAAAUACUUUCUUUCAAAUAUUGAGCAGCAACUGCUGUUUGGUCAGUUGAUCAAUAAGUGAUUACAAACCUCGGUGUAUCCAUGUUAAAAGGAAUUUGAUGUAAUUAUCCAAGAGACCAUCUUAUGAAAUUCAAACGACUGUUUUCAAU